AUGAAGAAAGAGAAGAAAACGCGCGCUCUGUUGCUCAUUUUGUUGGUUCAUUUUGGCUCAGGACAAACAGAUUACGCUCCAUAUUUUUACGACAAUGGACCGAGCAGCAACAACGGAAACAUGGCUCUGUUCAGUAUUUCAGAAGACACGCAAGUCGGAGCUCUGAUCUACGUGUUGAACGGCACAGACCCGGAGCAGGAUCCCGUCAGGUUCGGUCUCUCCUUCGACAAAGGAACAAAAGAAUAUUUCAGAGUCGACCCCAAAUCUGGAAACGUGACUCUGAUUCAGGAGCUGGACAGAGAGAGUCAGGAUGAGAUCUCUGUGUCUGUGAGCAUCACAGACGGACGCAACAAGGUUGUGGAAACGGCCAGAAUCUUUGUCACUGACGCCAACGACGAAGCUCCAGAGUUUCAGAACCUGCCCUUCAUAAUCAGCAUCCCAGAGGACGCGGCUGCAGGGACCAGUGUUUACAAGGUGGAGGCCACAGACAGAGACUUGGGCUCAGGAGGAAGUGUCUCUUAUUUUCUACAGGCGUCGUCUUCUGUCCCGUUCACCAUCGACCCUCACAGCGGGAUCCUCCGAGUCCGACCGGGAGAAACUCUGGACUACGAGACCACGCCCACCCACUUCAUCACCGUCAUCGCCAAGGACGGAGGAGGGAAGUACAAAGGGAGACACCAGGUCCUGUCGUCCAGCGCCACGGUCACAGUCAAUCUGCAGGACUCCCAGGACACGCCCCCUGUGUUUGUGGGCACGCCUUAUUUUGGAUACGUGUACGAAGUCUCUGUCCCGGGCUCAGAAGUGUUCACAGUCUCUGCCAGAGACGGAGACCAGGGCAACCCCAACCCAAUGCACUACCAGAUCCUCAACGGCAGUGACGGUGUUUUCGACAUAAACAGCACGAGCGGGUGCAUCACUCUGAACACUUUCCCCACCGCGCUGAAGAACGAGCUCUACGAGAUCAUCGUCAAGGCCUCGGAGUUGGGCGCGGGGGGUCAGCUCCUGGAGUCUGACCUCACCGUCGUCACCGUGCGGGUGGUGGAUCUGAACAACCAUCCUCCCACCUUCUACGGCGAGAACGGACCUCAGAGCAGGUUUGAACUGACCAUGACGGAGCACCCGCCUGCAGGAGAGAUACUCAGAGGCUUCAAGAUCACGGUCAACGACUCCGACCAGGGAGCCAACGCAAAGUUCAAGCUGCGUCUGGUGGGGCCCAGUCACAUCCUGAGGGUGGUUCCUCAGACGGUUCUGAACGAGGCUCAGGUCACCAUCAUCGUGGAGGACACCACCGGGAUCGACUACGAGAAAGGACCCACGCUCUCCUUUAAGCUCUUGGCGGUGGAGAUUGACACUCCGGAGAGGUUCAGUUCGACGGCGGACAUCCUGAUAAACCUUCUGGACACAAACGAUAACACUCCAAAGUUCACCUCGGAGUAUUACAUCGCCCGAGUCCCGGAGAACUCUCCAGGAGGCUCCAGCGUGGUGUCUGUCAAGGCUGAGGAUCCAGACUCGGGGCCGUGGGGGGACGUCUCCUACACCAUCUAUGGAUCAGGAGCAGAUCUGUUUGUGAUCCACCCGAACUCCGGCCUCAUCUCCACUCAGCCCUGGACCAGCCUGGACGCAGAGGUCCGGUCCAAGUAUAACUUCUACGUGAAGGCGGAGGAUUCAGACGGGAGGUACAGUCUGGCCGAGGUCUUUGUGAGCGUCGUGGACAUGAACGACCAUCCCCCCGAGUUCAACGACAGACUGGUGGAGAAGACCAUGAUCAUCGGCUCCCCGGUCAAAGUGGAGGCGAUAGACGAAGACGCAGAAUCCCCCAAUAACCUCAUCGAGUACUCCAUAAUGAAAGCGGACCCCGACAACGCCUUUGACAUCAACUCGGAGACGGGGGAGAUCUACCUGAAGCCUUAUAUAAAGUCCAUGGAGAUCGUGCAGAACAUCACCAGACAGAAGGACUGCACCUGGUCCCUCGUGGUCCAGGCCAAAGACUUAGGAUCCCCGUCCUUCAGCACGACGACGGUGGUCAACAUCGACAUCACGGAGGCGGAUCACCUCAAAGGGCCGAUGGCGGCUUUUUUAAUGCGCAGUAGGGACAAUCCGGUGAAGGCCGUAGUCAUGGUAAUCGCUAUAAUCAGUAUUUUGGUAGGUGUGACCGCCAUGUUGUCCGCAGCUUUGUUUUUACGCAACUCCAAGUCCAAUAAGAUCACGCCAGCCCGACGCGUCAUCAGAAGACGACCGCCGGAUCAACGGCAGCGACAAACCCCACGGAUCUCGACGUGGAGGCUGAACAUGCCGCUGUUCACGCUGUCAACGCCGGGGGAAAAGUUUCUCGUCGAAGAUAACGACGGUGUGGGCGAUUGCGAAGCCGGCGCGGUGGGUCCGAGGGGUAAACCGACGCCCCCUUUGCCUCCGCCGCCGCCGUGCGCGAGCCGGGCGGGGGACAGGCCCAGAGCCGUGCCCACCAUAUCCGGAGCGCUGGCAACGAAGGCGUCGAUGAAAGCUAAAGCCAACAGACGUAAAGAAGGAAACAUCAGCUCGGCUUUGGUGUCAGAGCUGAAAAUGAAACUGGAGCAGAAGAUCAUUGAGAGUAAUAAAGGGUAUUAUUGUUGA